AUGCUUUCACGACUCUUGAGGCCAUGUCGAACCAGAUCAGCUAUGGCUAAAGCGACCCGGCUUCUUAGUACAGCCAGAAUCUCCCCCAUUGCGAUUAGUCCAUCAAAAACCGAAAUCCAAAGUGGGUGUCUAAGUCCACAAAACCUUGAAGUUGCCAUGCGCAGUCUGCACCAUGAUGGUCUUGUCCUUGUGAAUAAUGUUGUUCCACAUGAUAUGCUCGACCGAUUGAACGAGAAGAUGGUACAAGAUGCCUACAAGCUCUACGCGCGAAAGGAAAACAGUCCGUUCAACUACAACCCCAACAAUCUCCAGCAAGACCCUCCUCCGAUGCGUGAGCACUUCGAGUCUGAAAUCUUUCUAAAUCCCAUUGCGACUCAGAUUACGUCGACCGCAUUAGGCCCACGCCCUAAAUGGACCUUUUGUUCUGGAAACACUGCCAUGCCGCCAACGCCCGAAAACCCCCCGGCCUCCCAGCCAGUGCACUCAGACGCAGACUUUGAACACCCAACCCACCCAUUUGCCUAUGUUGUCAACGUCCCUCUCAUCACCAUGACCCCGGAAAAUGGCUCAACUGAGGUCUGGCUCGGGACACACAAGGAUUCCAACUUGUAUAUUCAAGAAGGUAGACACGGCGAGCGGGCAAGUGGUCGGAUCAAGACCGAAGAGCUAGAAAAGCGCCGGGUGAUCCGUCCCCCUAUCCAGCCAGUUGUACCCAAGGGCUCUAUCAUCAUCCGUGAUCUCCGACUUUGGCAUGCUGGAGUUGGUAACCAGACGGAUACAAAUCCAAUGAAAUUGCAACUCGCAGAUGAUCUGGAGGACAUCAUCAAAAAGGAGCAGUCCUUGGAAAUUCCCGUGGAAUGGGCAUCAACAGCCGCUGUCAAGGAUCAGUAUCUGAAUAGGGCAUUUGGCAACGCCUAUGAUUUUAGCCAAGGGAUCAAUUGA